CCCAAGUUCAAAAUACAUCCGUUAAAACUAAUCAAAACCCUUCUUUAGAAGAAAAUAACUCUAUAGAUUCAACUAAUAGGAAUCAGACACAAGAGGUCAAUUUGUCCUACUACUCACCUAACGAUGAUUUUAGUGACUCUGAAGAGUCUAAAGCGUUAAUGGUUAAACAUCACAUUCGUAUUGUAUCUGACCGAUUCUGUUUCAUUUCUCUCAAGAGAAUGUACGAAGAAAUCCAUGAAUUUCCCGACCUCAAAUACAUGUUCGACCUCAAAACAAAAGGGCUCACUACUCCUAAAAAGGAAUGGAAUUAUCGCGAAGAUGAAGAUCCUUCCUGCUAUAAUCUCAACUGGGAUGAGUAUAGAGAUUGA